AUGACUCAUUUGCAAGCGGGGCUGUCUCCAGAAACUCUGGAGAAAGCUAAACUGGAGCUGAAUGAAAAUCCAGACACCUUACAUCAAGACAUCCAGGAAGUAAGAGAUAUGAUUAUCACCCGGCCCGACAUCGGCUUCCUACGGACUGACGAUGCUUUCAUCUUAAGGUUUCUAAGAGCCCGAAAGUUUAACCAUUUCGAGGCUUUCCGCCUGCUGGCUCAGUAUUUUGAGUAUCGUCAGCAGAACCUGGACAUGUUCAAGAACUUCAAAGCCACCGACCCAGGGAUCAAACAGGCGCUGAAGGAUGGCUUCCCUGGAGUGCUUUCUAACCUGGAUCAUUAUGGCAGAAAAAUCUUGGUCCUCUUCGCUUCCAACUGGGACCAGAGCAGGUACACAUUAAUAGAUAUUUUGCGUGCCAUACUGCUAUCAUUGGAAGCAAUGAUUGAAGACCCAGAACUUCAAGUGAAUGGAUUUAUUUUGAUCAUAGACUGGAGCAACUUCACUUUCAAGCAAGCCUCUAAACUAACCCCGAGUAUGCUUCGACUGGCUAUUGAGGGUCUGCAGGAUAGCUUUCCCUCUCGUUUUGGAGGAAUUCAUUUUGUCAAUCAGCCUUGGUACAUUCACGCUCUUUAUACUGUCAUUAGACCAUUCCUGAAAGAGAAGACCAGAAAAAGGAUAUUUAUGCAUGGAAAUAACCUAAACAGUCUGCACCAGCUUAUACACCCGGAAAUCCUGCCUUCAGAAUUUGGAGGGAUGCUGCCACCUUAUGAUAUGGGAACCUGGGCACGAACUCUGCUGGAGCAUGAGUAUGAUGAUGACAAUGAAUAUGUCAGUGAUUCCUAUAAUAUGUCUUUCAAAGAUGUAGAAAAGAGCCUCUCUCCAAAGUCCAUGAAGAGGUCUCAGUCUGUGGUUGAAGCUGGAGUUCUGAAACACAUAGAUAAAGAUGACGAGAAUACCCAACCAUUACUUUCCCUGGACUGACAGAUUCCAGGCCACACAUUGUUCAUGAAAGAGAAAAGCACUUCUUCAGGAGUAGUGUACUUAACACAGAAGAUUCUGUGUAAACUACGAUGGUAACAUGU